GGAUUGAAAAAAUAAAGUAAAAUGUCAACCCAAAACAUUCGUAUCCCUCUUCUAAAUCUCGAAGCAUCUGAUGUAGAUUCUCAGGCAAGGCUUUGCUUAAGUGAGAAAGAUGUGCAAAAACACACAAGGAAUUAUUUCAAAGCUGAAACCACUACCGCUUCCUCAUGUGGACAAGACUUGAAUACUAUCAGGGAAGAAGAAAGCAAAUUUGAAAAUGAGUCUGAUCUUACAGACCUGGACCUUGUCUUGAUUCCUCAAGAGAAAGAUUCCCAGGAUCAUUCAGUGGAGAGAUCUAUUAAAUCACUUCAAUGAACAGUCAAGCCCCUCACUCACAACUUGAUUAGGAAGCCAAACAAAAGGAGGUUCUCUGAUAAGCAAGCCUUAUCCUCACAGAUGGCGGUUGCUUGGAAGAGAGCAGUUGCUGGAAACCCCCGCUCUUGCAAGAACUAAGCUGGGUGGUCCCAGUAUAUACAUAAUUUAUACCCCUAAUAAUA